AUGUUCGUCGCACGACAGAGGGCAGCCUGCGUGGCUCGACAGCUACAGAGGACAGCGCGAACCUACGCCUCCGACGCACACGCCCACCACAAGGCACCCGAAGUUAACGAGUCGUUCAGCACCGGAUCUCUCAUCGCUGUCGGCAGUUUCUUCGGCACUGUUCUCAUCUACCAAUUCGUUCCCAAGGAGGGCGAGGAAUCCUCUAUCCUCAACUUCAUCAACAAGCACACUUCGCGCGGCAGGGACUGGGAGGAAAUCAAUGCUCUUCACACCAAGGCCAUGGAGCAGGCUGGAUACGACCGAAAUCUUUUCGAGAACGCCAGUAACAAACAUCGAUUCGUCGAUGUUGCCUACCCCGAGUUCGUCAACCCUCCUCCUGCAGUUGUUCGACGGAAGCUACUUGCUUUCCUAAAAAACGACAACAACACCUUAUUAUCGAGAGCUAACCAGAUAACCAGGGCCAUGACCUCAUAUGCCAGCCGAAACCACAUUGCAGGUCAUCUUGCCAACAUGGACUAUGUUGUCGAGCACUACAGGCAACAGCACCUCAAGGAGGAGGAGAGGAAAGCGACCAAACUUGCUCAGAAGAAGGAAUAA